AUCGAAAUCGCCCUCCACCUUAUUGGUGGAAUCCGUUUUUAAAAGGUUAACACAAAGAUAAAUUCAUAGCAUCCAAUGCUAGCGUUCCUAGGAUACCGAAAGUCAAGCAAUUGUCGUUCUUAUUUUGACAGUUUUAUGAAUAAUUCAAUUCAGAACUACAAUAAAAAUCAAGGAAAGUUUUUCAAUUAACUGUCUUCAAACAAAGAAUCGUAUUUGGUCAUAUAUACUCGUUUUCGUUGCAAUAUGGGCAAUUAUUACAGAUUGUUAGGACUUCGGAAGGAUGCUACUGAAGCGGAAAUCAAUGCAGCGUUCAAGAAGCUUGCCUUGGCUCACAACCCAAAACGACAACGACCAAGACCAAUGUUGACCCCGUCGGAGCACGCUCAAGAACAAUUGAUGCGCGAACAGGCUGAGCAAUUGGAGUCUCUUCAAAUAUUCAUGCUCACCGCAGAAGCUUACGACGUGCUGAAUGAUCCUCUUCGAAAAGCGAUUUAUGACCAAUUUGGAGAAAAGGCAUUAAAGGAAGGGCUUCCAGGGCCGGAUGGGUUCAUUAACCCGUACGCUUAUCAUGGGGAUCCAUUUCGAACUUUCAGAGAAUUCUUUGGAACAGACAAUCCAUUUGCCGACUUAUUGGCAGCAUCAUGUGCCCCCACAGAUAUAAUGGUUUCAAAAGACGUUCAAGGUUUCCAUCCAAAGGAACCCCCAGUUUUGAAGCCUUUGCCAUUAACAUUUGAAGAAGUUUACAACGGAGCAAUUAAAAAACUCAUCAUCAGCAAAAAGGUGCUCAAGGAAGAUGGAACUGGGCUGGAGUCCCGUGACAAGGUUUUGACGGUGAGAAUUCCUCCAGGAACAUCAGAAGGGAUGCAGUUCAACUUUCCGAGUGAAGGAGAUCAAGGGGGUAAAAUUCAACCAGCUGACGUAAUUUUUGUUGCGCAAAUCCAAUCUCAUUCGAUCUUCGAGCGUGAGGGGAACAAUCUGGUCAUGACGGUAACGGUGAACCUUUGUGAAGCCCUGUGUGGGGCACAAGUCCCAGUCAAAACUCUGGAUGGACGCAGUUUCAAAGUGUUCAAUGUCCACAUGGUGCAGCCCGGCUAUGAAAAGGUGCUGGCCGGGGAAGGAAUGCCGGUGUUGGGCGAACCAGGCAAGAAAGGAGAUCUUGUUAUCCGAUUCAAAGUCAAAUAUCCCAACAAGCUCACUGAGGAUCAGAAGCAACACUUGCGAUCAGCCUUGGACCCCACAAAGCAGGUUGGAAAGUCUGCUUAUGAACGAAAGCCUCCUGCGACAUUCACCGUCACAGAUCGAUGCGUUUGUCCCGACGAGGACGCUCCACGCGCAUUAAUGACAUAGAGUUAAGCUCGUCUGCUCCUCGGCUAAAGGUCCACCCACAUUAAUUAUCUAGUCAUGUAUGUACGCAUUAAUAUUAACUAGGGAUUGCAAAUCCGUUUUUUUUAGAAUUCAUAGAAUCCUGAUUUUACAAUAAAUAAAAUGAAUGGCAUAUAAUAAGUAAUGAUGAGCAUUAGAUGAUGUCAUAAUGGCUUGACUCGCGACUUGAUAAAAUUGGUCAAAUUAUUAAUGGUUUCGAACAUUUUUUCAUUAUUGUGCAAGGUUGGUUUGACUUUAUUACUGUUUUCAUCUUGAAUAGCUCCUCCGCCCAGACAAUAUCGGGAUCGGUAUAGAUUUGUACCAUUUGAUUUGCUUUUUUACAAGUAUUGUUAAAAUACAUAUGUACAGUAAUUCAUCGUAUAAUUGUCAUUA